UUGGCUGCUUGCCGAGCAUAUAGAGGCUCCCGUUAAGCGCUUCUGUCUUUCUCCGUUAGUGUCGGGACGGUCGCGGCCGAGCUUCACCUCUGCGCAACCCAGCCUACCACCAGAUCUCAUCCUCGGCUCAGCUACUUGAAACUAUGUCUAAGGGACCAGCGGUCGGCAUUGAUCUUGGGACCACCUACUCCUGUGUGGGUGUGUUCCAGCAUGGCAAAGUUGAAAUCAUUGCCAAUGACCAGGGCAACAGGACCACUCCCAGCUAUGUUGCCUUCACUGAUUCUGAGAGGCUCAUUGGAGAUGCAGCCAAAAAUCAAGUUGCCAUGAACCCCACCAACACAGUCUUUGAUGCCAAAAGGCUCAUUGGCCGCAGGUUUGAUGAUGGAGUUGUGCAGUCGGACAUGAAGCACUGGCCCUUCAAUGUCAUUAAUGACAACAGCCGCCCCAAAGUACAAGUGGAGUACAAGGGUGAGUCGAAGUCCUUCUACCCAGAGGAAAUCUCUUCAAUGGUGCUGGUGAAGAUGAAGGAGAUUGCAGAGGCCUACCUCGGAAAAACAGUAAACAAUGCAGUCAUCACUGUGCCAGCCUACUUCAAUGACUCCCAGCGCCAGGCAACCAAGGAUGCUGGUACGAUCUCAGGCCUUAAUGUUCUGCGUAUCAUCAAUGAGCCAACUGCUGCUGCCAUCGCUUACGGAUUGGACAAGAAGGUUGGAUCUGAGAGGAAUGUUCUCAUCUUUGAUCUUGGUGGUGGUACCUUCGAUGUGUCCAUCUUGACCAUUGAAGACGGUAUCUUUGAGGUCAAGUCUACUGCUGGAGAUACUCAUCUUGGAGGAGAAGAUUUUGACAACCGCAUGGUCAAUCAUUUCAUCGCCGAGUUCAAACGCAAGUACAAGAAGGACAUCAGUGACAACAAGAGAGCCGUCCGUCGUCUGCGCACCGCUUGUGAGAGGGCAAAGCGCACCCUGUCUUCCAGCACCCAGGCCAGCAUUGAGAUCGACUCCUUGUAUGAGGGUGUUGACUUCUAUACCUCCAUCACAAGGGCCCGCUUUGAGGAGCUCAAUGCUGACCUCUUCCGUGGCACCUUGGACCCAGUAGAAAAGUCCCUCCGUGAUGCCAAGAUGGAUAAAGGGCAGGUCCAUGACAUUGUUUUGGUUGGUGGCUCCACCCGUAUCCCCAAGAUCCAGAAGCUGCUGCAAGACUUCUUCAAUGGCAAGGAGCUGAACAAAAGCAUCAACCCUGAUGAGGCUGUGGCCUAUGGAGCUGCUGUCCAGGCUGCCAUCCUGUCUGGUGACAAAUCUGAGAAUGUCCAGGACCUGCUUCUUCUGGACGUCACCCCUCUGUCCCUGGGUAUCGAGACAGCUGGAGGUGUCAUGACGGUGCUGAUCAAACGUAACACCACCAUCCCUACCAAGCAGACCCAGACCUUCACCACCUAUUCAGACAACCAACCUGGCGUGCUCAUUCAAGUUUAUGAGGGCGAGCGUGCCAUGACAAAGGACAACAACCUGCUGGGCAAGUUUGAGCUGACAGGAAUCCCUCCUGCUCCUCGUGGUGUUCCUCAGAUUGAGGUCACUUUUGAUAUCGAUGCAAACGGCAUUAUGAAUGUUUCUGCUGUUGACAAGAGCACUGGCAAGGAGAACAAGAUCACAAUCACCAAUGACAAGGGUCGUCUGAGCAAGGAAGAUAUUGAGCGUAUGGUCCAGGAAGCCGAGAAAUACAAGGCUGAGGAUGAUGUCCAGCGUGAUAAGGUGUCUGCCAAGAAUGGCCUGGAAUCAUAUGCUUUUAACAUGAAGUCCACUGUGGAAGAUGAGAAGCUUGCUGGCAAGAUCAGCGACGAGGACAAGCAGAAGAUCUUGGACAAAUGCAAUGAGGUCAUUAGCUGGCUGGACAAGAACCAGACUGCAGAGAAGGAUGAGUAUGAGCACCAGCAAAAGGAGCUAGAGAAGGUGUGCAACCCCAUCAUCACAAAGCUGUACCAGAGUGCUGGUGGGAUGCCAGGUGGGAUGCCCGAGGGUAUGCCCGGUGGCUUCCCUGGAGCUGGUGGUGCUGCUCCUGGUGGUGGAUCCUCUGGACCAACCAUUGAGGAGGUUGAUUAAACAUUCCACCUCUUCAGUAGCUUCCUCCCCAAAAUGAGUUCGGAAACUAUGUAAGCCUCUCAUAGCUAGAGUUGCAUUGCUCAAGCUAGAGUGUUUAAAUAAAAUAAAAUAAAAAAAAUCUGGGUUCAGUAUUCAUAUUGCAUCUGUUUGUUUCACAGAAGGGAACAAAUUUGUUUGCAUUUAAACUUCACAUUUUAUGGGAAGAUUUUAUAUCUGGAAUGUCAGCUGUCUCAGUACCUAGCAAAAAAUAAAUUGGUGACCCUGUU